AUGGAUUGUGAUAAAGGACCUGGGCUAGCAUAUGGCUUUGUCGAAUAUGAAGAUCCGCGCGAUGCUGAGGAUGCGAUGCACUAUGAACAUGGGAGAGAUGUUGGUGGGUCUCGAAUAGUAGUCGAAUGGACAAGGAGUAGAGAAGUUCAUAUCGGCGUCGGUCUCCUUCACCUUUUGCAAGGAGAAGAUCUCGUACCCGAUCUCGCUCUAGAGAUCGUAGAAGAUCAUAUUCUAGAUCUAGAUCUGGAAGUUCUGACCGUUAUGACUCUAGGAAAAAGAAUAGUUCCAGAAGGGACAGGAGACAUUCCCGAUCGAGAUCUCGCUCUAGUUCUGAUAGGGAUAGUAGAAGGAAAGAAAGUGACAGAAGAGAGAGAUCAAGAAGUGAGAGAGGAUCUGCUAAGAAAAAUUCUGGAUCUCGAUCUAAAUCCAGAUCAAGAUCUAGCUCGAAAUCAAAGUCUAGAUCUAGAUCGCCUUCGCCGAAGCGAUAUUCAAGGUCGCGAUCUCGAAGCCCACCUUCUCGCUCGCGUUCAGCAUCACGGGAACGCCGCAGUCGAAGUGUGUCAAAGGAUUCUAGAUCCGAUCAUUAAGACAAGCACUUGUAACAAUCGUACAAUUUGGAUGACUUAUGAAUACACCUGUUCCAUACCCGCCUGUAGAUGA